AUGGUCUACUGCGGGAAGCCUAGUAAAGGCUGCGGUGCCUGCCGCGCACGCAAAGUCAAGUGCGAUCAAGCGACGCCUUCCUGUCAACGUUGCAUUAAAGCCAACAGGACGUGCCCGGGCUAUCGGGAUCAGCUGUCGCUCCUCUUCCGUGACCAGAGCAGUUCGGUGGCCAAAAAGGCCAAGACAAAUAAGACUAGUCCCCACUCACCGUCCGAAGUCACAACCACAACAUCACCAUCAUCAGGCAGCUGGCAGGACCAUGCAAACACACCAACAGACUAUGGACUGAUACCAACAAGUUCGUGGGAUUCUCCGCUAGAUACCUCUUACCGUGAGAGCUACGACAGCUAUGACAGCUACGACCAGUUUAUAGAUGCCGAGAACUUCUCUCUUCUACCAGCAUUUACAGAUCGGAGACAACAGGCCAUUUGCUACUGUCUCAACAGCUUUGUUUGGCUCAAUGGCAGUCUCAUCAAAGGAUUUGACUAUGAUGCAGACAUUUCGUCAACAGCCCCCAUGGCUCAGAAAGCUAUGAUGAAGGGAAUUCUGGCAGUGGGCAUGGCCAAUUUGUCACGAACAGGAGCUCGUUCUCAGUCCAUGAAGCUCGAGGCACAGCAAGAGUAUCAAAAGGCGCUGAAAUUUACAAACAUGGCCAUCUCGCAUCCUAAGCAGGCCACGGAUGACGCUACACUUACUGCGAUUCUGUGUAUGUCGCUUUUUGAGAUAUUGACGAGUAAGAAACCUGAGAAGGUGGACUCGUUCAUUCAACAUACAAGAGGCGCCGUUGCAUUACUCGAGAUGCGCGGAGAAAAACAAAUCAUUCAAACUCAGUAUUUGCAGAUGUUUGAAUUCAUGCGGAGUGAAAUAAUGGUUAGCUGUAUAAUGAGAUACUACCCCGUUCCUAAGACGCUGCUCACUAUCUCCGAGAGAGUGGCCAGUCUCCCAAACAUGGCCUUUUCAUCUAAACUCUCACAUCAAAUAACUGUUCUAAUAUGCCGAAUAAACGAACUCCGCAUUGAAAACAAGGACGAAAAGAAUAGCAUGGAUUUCGCGUCUGUCAUUAUAAGUCGUGCUUUUGCCCUGGAUGCCGAACUGGAGACAAUGAUUGAUACACUGCCACCUGAGUAUGCGCCGGAAGUGCAUACACUUGCCCCCGGACAGUAUUUUGAGCAUCCGACACUUCGCAUCCGACUUACUCCAUUGAACGGGGUAUAUCAUAAAUAUCAAUCAUUCUUUCAUUGUUCCAUGCAAAACGUCUCCCGUUAUGGUCGAAUCUUCGCCAUUGAGCUCAUCCUGAAUCGGCUGGAAAGAAUGACUCUUCAACCGGACUUUAUCCCUACAACAGAAUUCAAGGAGACCUGCCAUCGACUCUGCAACAUCUCGCGACAACAAGCUCAAGCCAUAUGUGCCACAACACCGUUUCUAUGCGGCUUUCUCGGCGAUCAACAAAAGACCGGCAAAUCGCCCUUUUUGACGAAUCCGGCUGGAGGGCUAGCUUCUUUGUUUCCGUUGUGGACUGCAGUGAGCGUCGAUGGGCACGGCUCUGCUACAUGUCGUUGGAUUGAGAAGACUUUUGAGAUGAUUGGGCGAGAGAUGGGGAUUGAUCAGGCUCUUGCUUUGCGACAGAUAACGUUCGUUGAGAAGGGUACGACUCUGUUUGUGGAUAGAUUAUAG